ACACUUAUACCGCAUAUAUUUCCAUUUAUGUCCAAUGUGCAUCAUCCAAGUAUGCCCACUGUUAUUUCUAAGCACUGUGGGUAUUAUCAUUGUAAGCCAUUGGCAAAUGCUUGUUUGAAGAAGCAUACAUGGCCAAUACAACCAAUUUUGUUUUUGAUUCUGAUUUCAAAAUGUAAAACAUCUGCCACACAAGCCAGGUGUUUGGGUGAAGCAUAUUUUAAAUAGGCCUACUGGUAUUUGGCUGUGUAUUACAUAUCCAUCGGUUUUAUUUCAUGCAGACCUGGCAACCUUUGCGGUGCAGGUGUAAAGAGGACGACAGGUUCUCUUACCAACUCGGAUUUAUGCGUUUGAAAUGGUUUGUUUAUUUAUUUGUUUGUUUAAUCGCAAAUUAUAAUAAGCCACAAAAUACUUUUCCCCAGAAACCACACAUCAGAUUAGACCAGCAGGUUUCUACCUACAUUCAAUCCCUCAGUAGUACGAAUAUUGAAAUAUAUUUCAUUUUGUAGUCUAAUAAAAAAUAAUCAGGAUAAAGGUAAUGUAUGUCACGAAAAGUAGGACUGUAAAUUAUCGCUCUGUAAGUCUGAAUAAUUGAUCCGGUGGCAAAUGAAUAAUUAAAAUUCCUAACGCUGUAACAGCAACGGAAAAAGCAUAUAAGCCCACACCACUGUCCAAUCACACGGCAGGAUUUUCCAGUUUCCUGCUUGGUAACCAAUCCGAAUUCAGCUCCCGCCCCUUCCUGUUGUAGGGCUUUGAGCCCGUUAUAAUAUUUCCCUGGAAUAAGAGUAAAUUGAUGACGCUGUUAUAGAGAGGAGCUGUGGAUGCUGGAGCCCUGCAGACUUUUGCAUUGAUAUAAGCUCUCUCCGCUAUGCCGAGCUCCGUGUUUUGGGCUGUAGAUGUGUACGGGAAUGUGUACAGCCUGUGUACCGAUAGGGGGCGCUGGCAGCAAUCCAAGGAGAAUCAGCUGGAGCUGAAACGUGUAACCGCUGCAGAUCUGUGCUGCUGGGCCAUUGGCUUUGACCAACAGGUUUACCUGAACGUGCUCCCCGGUGACGUGACCAUACGUCAUCAGGAGGAGACUUAUGAGAACCAGAGAUGGAACCCAGUAGAUGGAUACACAGACACACUCCUGCCCACAGAUCGCUGGCCAUGGACGGAUGAAUUUGGCAUGAAGCCUCAGCCACUGCACAGCUUCGACCUGCCAUCUGAGAACUGGGAGUGGGAGGGAGACUGGUACGUGGAUGAUGAGAGCUGUGGCAGAGAGUCCACAUCAACUGGGGGCUGGGAAUAUGCUGUGGACUUCCCUACCACCUUCACUAAAGAGAAGAAGUGGAACUCAUGUGUCCGGCGCAGACGAUGGCUUCGUUACAGGAGAUAUAAAGCACUGGGACUAUGGGCCAAGGUGCCUUUAGACGGGGGCCAGCCUCCAGAGCCCUUCACUGAUAUUAGCUGUGGAGGCUGGAACAUAGGGGAUAGAACAGAGAAAGCUGUCUCCUUAUGGGCCGUGUCUCAGCAAGGAAAGGUGUGGUUCCGUUCAGGCAUACAUCAGCAGAAUCCAGAGGGGACCGUUUGGGAAAACGUUCCUGUCCCUGAUUCUACAGAGGUGGCCCAGAUAAGCGCCGGCCCAGGAGACCUGCUGUGGGCCGUGCAGUGGGAUGGACAGCUUCUCGCCAGGAUGGGCAUCCGCAAGCACUGCCCAAAAGGUGCAUCGUGGGUGAUGGUGGAUCCUCCAACUAAUACCAAAGCUGUCCAUGUAGCAGUGGGGGUCGGUGUGGUCUGGGCAAUCACCAAGGACAAGAAAGUGUGGUUCAGAAGAGGCGUGAACCCCCACAAUGCCACUGGCCUUGGCUGGAUCAGUAUUGCUGGGGAGAUGAUGAUGAUCAGUGUGGGACCCAGUGACCAGGUGUGGGGUGUUGGCAGUGAGGACAGGAGACUUUAUUUCCGCCAUGGUGUGACCCCCACUGAGAUCACGGGAAGGGCCUGGGUCCGUGUGUGUGCCCACGUGGACAACAGUCAUACCACCAGCAAACCCAGUGACGUUUGCCUCAUCAGUGCUCAAAUUGCUGCGCCUACCCAGGGUUCCGUGUUGGGCUGUGAUGACGUAGACGAUGCUAAUAUUCCCAAAGUCACCAGUGACAGCAUUGUAUCAGCCCUGGUGGCUGAACACGGUGCUCCUUUGCCUGAAGCAGAUCAGGAGAAAGCAGAAGAGGCUGGUGUGCCUCUCCAGAAUUCUGGGCUCCACUGCAGCCAACCAAAAGGCAGCGAACUGCCAUGGAGUAAUGUGGAUCUGGCAGAGAUGAAAGUUCCCUCAGCCAAUGUGGCACAGAAAUCUGCAGCUGUGUAUCCCAUGGAGCUGGGAGAAACCAUAAAGCAGGAGGAACGGCCGCCAUGGGCAUGGAUCACUGCCGGACAAUGUGAGAUAGAUUCCAACACGAACGUCAGCUGGCUGGAAAUGCCAGAUGCAGGGCCUCUGUCUUCCUUCAUCACUCCUGCUCUUAGCAUGGCAGGUGCCCAGGGCCCACUGGCAGAGAGAACACAGCGAGAGAAAGACAACACUAUGGAGAGGUCUGUCACUGUGAAAAAAAUGGCAAUGUGCUGGUGGAGGGACUGGCACCCUCAUCAGCUGGAGGAGGUGUGUGUGACCCUGGAGCAGGUCAGGGGUGGUGGAUCUCCCCACGAUGACAUAGUCUACAUUUACUAUACACACAACCAGGAAAGGAAGUAUCUGUAUGCUGUGAUAAGGGAUGUCACGGCUCUCGUUCCAGUACACUGGGAAUCCAUGUACGCUCUUACUAUCUAUACAGCUGAGAGGACAAGGCAGAGAUGGCCUAUUCUACUAUCUACAGAGUCCCAGCAAGACACAGAGAGCUUGCUGUCUCUGUUGAAUGAGUCUUGCUGUGAGUCCAGAUCUCUCCAGGCCCCUCCGUCCAAACAAGUUCUGUGGGCUGUUACCACCAAAGGGGAUAUCAUGGUGCAUGAGCCUUCACCCUGCCUAGAAGCUCAUGCUCAGUAUUUACCCUGUGAAGAGAUGUUCUGGCGUCAGGUCCCUGGCCACCUGCUUUUGGUGGAGUCUAACAGUCUGGGUGUGGUCUGGGGAAUCAGCUAUGAUCACACCGCCUGGGUCUACACAAGGGGCCAUGGUGAAAACCAAGCUCAAGAUAACGAAGUGAAUCAGCAAACACUGACUGAUAUAAGGAAUGUUUACAUUUAUGAGAACCAGCGAUGGAACCCUGUCACAGGAUACACAAAUAAGGGUCUACCUACGGAUCGUUACAUGUGGAGUGAUGCACUUGGACUGAAGGAGUGCACCAAGGAGAGCACCAAACCCCCCUCCCCAGAGUGGAAAUGGGUGUCAGACUGGGUCAUUGACCAUAGCACUCCAGGAGGGACAGAUAAAGAAGGCUGGCAAUAUGCUGCAGAUUUCCCUGUGACAUUUCAUGGUUAUAAGACCAUGAAGGACUUUGUUAGACGAAGGCGAUGGGUCAGGAAGUGUAAAAUUACUAUAACUGGGCCCUGGCAGAAAGUCCCACCCAUUCCUCUUAUUGAUGUCACCAUCCUGCCGUGUCUGGCCCAGAGCAGUUUGGAGCAGGUGCCUGUGUGGGCCAUCAGUGAGAAAGGAGAUGUCCUGUGCCGGCUGGGAGUCACUGCAGAGAACCCAGCAGGCAGCUCGUGGCUCCAUGUGGGGACAGAUCAGCCCUUUAAGUCCAUUUGUAUUGGAGGAGGACACCAGGUGUGGGCAGUUGCCCGGGACGGAGCAGUCUUCUACCGCGGCUCAGUUUCAGCCCAAAACCCUGCAGGCGAGUGCUGGUACUACAUCCCCUCUCCCAACAGACAGAUUCUCAGACAGGUGUCUGUGGGCAGGACCUCUGUAUAUGCUGUUGAUGAAACCAGCAGUCUAUGGUAUAGGCAGGGUCUGACCCCUAGUUAUCCUCAGGGUUCUGCAUGGGAGCUCAUUGGUGGUAAUGUGUGCAAAGUCUCAAUCGGACCACUGGACCAGGUUUGGAUAAUCGCUGAUAAGGUUCCAGGUCAUCCAGCAGAGAAAUCUGGCACUGUGUGCCACAGGCUAGGAGUGCAGCCCAUGCAGCCUAAAGGCUUAUCGUGGGACUUUGGAAUUGGCGGAGGAUGGGAACAUCUGUCAGUAAGAGGAAACUCCACCGAGGCCCAGCGUGUCAUCCCUCCUAGCCCUCAGACCAGCAGGAGCCAGGAACAGGUGAAUGGCAAUGCUGCAGGCAGUUAGACUACUCAUUAGCCCUCACCAUCACCACUUCCCACAGUGCUCACUCACGUGCACUCUCUCUCUCUCUCUCUGAAGCAUCUACUGUUUUUGUGUUUUAGGUGUCUGUGUGUGUAAAAUUAAACAAGGCUUCUCAUGAUUUUUUAAAACAUUUAUUUUCUCACUUGUUUUCAGUAACCAUUUUGCCCUGGUCAGGGUUGUGUGUCUAUCCUGGGAAUACUGGGCAUGUGGCAGGAAAACACUGGGUGGGACAACAGUCCAUCAUAGGGCACCAUGCACACACACAUUCACACCUAGGGGCAAUUAUCUUCCUACUGGCACAUUUUGGGAGGUAGAAGGAAACCAAAGGAUCUGGGGGAAACUCAAUAGACAGUAACUCGAACUUAAGAUCAAACCGAUGACCCUGGAGAAGUGAGGCAGUGACGAUACCCAAUGCACCACAGCACAGCCGGUAUUGAAUUUGGUUUUACUUAAACUAUGGCUACUUUUAAUCCUUCAUGUGAUUAUUGUCUUUUUAAAGCAUGUUAUGUCAUUUUAUACAACUACAAAAGGUUCCCAGUUAUAAUAUUAAUACUGUCAGUGAAACUAAUCAUGUCUCAAUUUUGAGCACUGUAUCAAACUCAUUUCUUGAAUCACUGACUGGGUAUGAAAAGUAAUAAUAAUCAUUAAGUGUGUAUGAUGCUUGUUUUCCUCCCCCCCACUACAUAAAUAAAUAAAUAAACAAACUUUGAAACAUUUCUCUUGAACCCAGAAGCAUUUACCAGUAUACUGUAAAACUGACAAUAUAAUACGUUCAUGAAGUCAAGGUCAUUUUUCAUUUAUUUCCAUAAUAAACAGUGUAAUUAUUUAUAAACAAUUCAUUCAAUUACACCAAGCAUGAUCAUCAAUAUGAAGUUUACAAAAAAACUUUACAAGUUUAAGGACAUGACCUGCAUUUUCUCAAUUAUUUGACUUACUUCCAACGUAACCAUUUUUGAUCAUGUUUAAACUGUGAUAUGUCACACUUUAGCUUUAAAUUACAAAAUGUUACCUUACCCCUAGAACUUUCAUCAUUCCCAAUUUACAGACAAAAAUUUAACAUUUAUAUACAUCCGUACAGUUCAACAUUAAGUUACACUUUCAAGAUGUGCAAGAUUAAGCAAAUGUAUAUACUGCAGAAUAAAACGAAAUAUUUCCUUAAAUAAAAUUUCAAGAUCAACUAAGAGUGCUGGUAAUACAAACAUCGUUCUGAACACAGACCUUACUUUACUGAAUUACAAACGUAAUUAUCCUCAACAUACCCGAUCAUCUGGAAACACCAACUUCAUGAUUUUCACAAUUAAGACCAGGAAUAAGCAAAACCUUUUCGUAAUUUCAUAAACAGAGCAAAAAAUUCAAACACAUUAAAUACUCCUCAUGUCAAUUCUGUAGCUUAUUAAAUGACUUCAAAACCAUGCACAUACUUAAUGAAGGGAAAUUCCUUACUAAACCAUGACUGGCUGAUUUAAUUGAUUAUAAAGGG